UAUUGGAAUUAGUGGCAAUUCUCGUCGUUUGUAUAUGAUACGGCUAAAUGGACGCUCUAGUGCUCGUGGUCAAAUUACCUAAUCCUUACAUUACAUUAACUUGCUCAUAGCAGAUUAUGUACCACGCAAGUCGCCUUCGAGAAAAGAUAAGGAUCUGAAACUCUUUAUAUACAGAUCUUACUGUUGCCUGCCACGGGAAUUCGUCUUGAAAGCUUUCUGUAUCUCCUUGUUACUAACUGUGAGAGACUUGACGAUUGCAAAAACGUUGGUUUAUUUUGUGUGGAUUUCUGUAUAAAGAAAAAAGAUUUACAUGGGACGGACUCCUUCCUGUGGAAAAGUGGGACUUAGGAGAGGUCCAUGGACACCAGAAGAAGAUCUGCUUUUAACAAAUUAUGUCCAGGCUUAUGGCGAAGGCCGCUGGAGAUUUCUCUCGAAGAAAGCAGGUCUGCUUCGGUCUGGAAAGAGCUGUAGAAUGAGAUGGUUAAAUUAUCUUCAACCUGACGUCAAAAGAGGGCAUAUUCUACCUGAUGAAGAAGAUUUAAUUCUCAGGCUCCAUCGACUACUGGGAAACAGAUGGUCUUUGAUCGCUGGACGUUUACCUGGAAGAACGGACAAUGAUAUAAAAAAUUUCUGGAAUAGUCACCUAAGCAAAAAGCUUAUCAGCCAGGGCAUAGAUCCUCGUACACACAGACCCCUUUCUGAAUCUGAGGAUAUAUGGUGGGUCUCUCAAAAAACUGAUAUGCAAAAAAAUCUUCACCAAUCCUCUACAACAUCAGAAAGCGCCAAUCCAGAAAUACAUGACAAAGAUUCAAAUUUCAUAAUAGCAGGUGAUAAGGAGGACCAGAUUUACUCUUCAGUGGCACCCACAAUUUUGUCUUCCACCAGUGAGAUUGUUGCAAAUGGUAAAUUGAGUAAUUCCAAUUGUUGUGAGACUCCGAAACAGGGAACAUACAGCAGCUGGCUUUCUUAUUCCCUUGCUGCAACUCCAAUGGCAACAACUUAUGGAAAUACCAGUUCAUACAUGCACCCUUCGUUUCUGGAGUUAUUUAUCAAUGAAGGGUUUGAGCUGCCAGAGCCUACUGUUGAAUUCAAUUCUGUUUCACAGCAGUGCUCACAUCGGUCUGAGCUUGUAAGUCCUAGCCGUGAUUUGUGGUCUGCACUUCAUUCUCCAAGGUCAGUUUGUGUGCUUUACAAAAAUGAAACACAUGCAUUUGGAAAAUAAAAAUUGAUGCAAACUAGGCAUGGUGGUGAUUUGCAAUC